AUGGCUAUACAAUAGGAAGAUCUUUGCUCAAAUUAUGAUGAAUAAGCCACUGAGGAUUUUUUUUUCUAAAAUGCUUAAGCAAAGAGCCAAAAUGUUGAAAAUAUUAAGAAGAAAGAUUACAAGAUUGGAGUAGAAAAUUAAAAAAUGAGAUCACUCUGUAUUGCUAGCAUAUAUAUCUCUUUACUACUUUGGAAAAUGCACCAAGAGCUAAAAUUAGAAGAGGUCAGAAACUUCAAAGACGAAUUUGUUUUCAGAAAUAUUAUCUAAUUAUGUGAUACAACUGGCUGGUUUGAGGGAAACAUUGGAGCUAAGUAUUUAAGACUCAUGAGACAAAUAAUUAAAAUUCAUUAUCAUGAGACUAAUGAAGAAUUUAAGAAUCUUCAACUCUAUGAAAUAAUAAGUGUGGUGAUUAGGAAAAUGCCACUCAAAAAUGAGGAUAAGAUUUUAAUAUAUGAGCUUGCAGCAACUUGCAGAUUGAUCUGUGACUAGUGCUCUUUAUUCAGAUGGUCAUCUAUGGAAGUUAAAUAAGUUGGACAUUCUAGAAUCUGCAGGACUCCCUUGGAAAAGAUAAUAGAUAUAGCUAUCCUCUUUAGUGAUUUGGGAAUAUCCUAUAGAAAAUUUUGA